AUGGCCGGCAUGAGCAAUGCUUCCUCCUUUGUUCCUCUCCUCCUCCUCCUCCUUCUCAUCCUUCUACUCAUCCUAUCAUUCUCUUUCUUCGAUCAGCAGCGUCCCUACAAUUUCAAGGCCCCCCUCGCAGUACUCCGCGGCCAUGAGCCGCCAGCCGCCUCAGCUUUCUCUUCUACUUCUAUAAAAUCUGAUGAGGAUGCUAAAAAAGCCGAGUCAGUGAGGAGGAAGAGCAGUACUGGUGGUAGGGUAGAAGAAAGCCUUGCGGAGGCUCGAGCGGCCAUUCGAUGGGCCGCGUCGUAUCGCAAUUCGACUUCCACGAUUAAGGCAGAGGGUUUCAUUCCCAGAGGAGCCGUUUACCGCAAUGACUAUGCCUUCCAUCAGAGUUACGUUGAGAUGGAGAAGAGGUUGAAGAUAUGGAUAUACAAAGAAGGCGAACCUCCGAUCGUCCACGGCGGCCCGGCCGCCAGCAUCUACGCCAUCGAAGGUCACUUCAUCAGCGAGAUGGAGCGCGAGGCGAACCCCUUCGUGGCUCGCCAUCCCGCCCAGGCCAACCUCUUCUUCCUGCCCUUCUCCGUCGUCAACAUCAUCCAUUUCCUCUACGUCCCCGGCGCCACCGAUUUCUGGGGCCCUCUCAAACGCACCGUCGACGACUACGUCCAGGUCGUCGCCCGCAAGUACCCGUUUUGGAAUCGAAGCGGCGGCGCCGACCAUUUCAUGAUCUCAUGCCAUGAUUGGGCGCCCUACUUGUCCACGGCCAACUCAGAGCUCUACGGCAACUCGAUCCGGGUGGUAUGCAACGCGAACACCUCGGAAGGAUUCAAGCUCGGUGACGACGUGACGUUGCCGGAAGUGCAUCUCCCCGACGGCCGGCUAUCGCAGCCUCCUGAUCAGAAGAACCAGAUCCCCAUCGAGGAGAAGACGAUCCUCGCCUUCUUCGCCGGGGGUUCGCACGGGUACAUACGCGAAAUCCUCCUCCGCCACUGGAAAGGAAGAGACGAGCAAGUGGCGGUGCACGAGUACUUGCCCAAGGGGGUCGACUACUGGGAGCUGAUGAGGAAGAGCAAGUUCUGCCUGUGCCCGAGCGGGUACGAGGUGGCCAGCCCGCGGAUCGUGGAGGCGAUAUUCAUGGGGUGCGUUCCGGUGAUCAUCUCGGUGAACUACCCGCUGCCGUUCUCGGACGUGCUGGACUGGAGCAGGUUCUCGGUGGAGAUAGCGGUGGAGGGGAUCCCGGAGAUGAAGAGGAUACUGGAAGGGAUCCCGGAGAGGAGGUACAGGGAGUUGCAGAGGAAUGUGAUGCAGGUGCAGAAACACUUUGUUUUGAAUCGUCCGGCGAAGAGAUACGACGUGAUCCACAUGGUGCUUCAUUCCAUAUGGCUGAGAAGGCUAAACAAGAAGCUCAGUUAUUGACCAGCAUCAUCCGAUCAAUGUGUUAAGUAUAUAUAUAUA